AUGUGGUUCCUUCUCAGUCUUCUUUUUGUGCCCCACUCCGAAGCCGUUAUUGUUGCCGAUCUUAACUGCACGACGUACAAUGGAACUGCUGUACGUUGAGCCAGAAGACGUCGAAUCUAGAAACUAUUUUCUUCAGUUCGUCUACUCCACAUCGGCGACGAACUGCGUCAAUGUCUACUCGGACGCCGCCUGCAACGCCUUGUAUCCGACGACUCCAGCCGGCGGAGACCUGCCAGCUUCUGGGACCAACAUCGCUCGACCAAUAAACUGCUACACGACCACAAAAACCACUCCAGCUCCCUUCAAUGAGGAGCUCAAAACUGCCGCCAUCGCCAGUUGCCCGAAGACGUGCGGAUACUGCUGCCAGACGAGCGCCUACUCGUGUGCAAACGCUCAAUGUGAGAAUGUUUGCAACGCGUUUAAAUGAUAAACUCCCAGAUCCGAGCAUGAACUGCGCCUCCAUCACAAACUCUCAAUGCCUGGAUCCCAACUGGAGGAGCAUCAUCGCCGCCAACUGCCCAGCUGCUUGCGGACUCUGCGGAACUGGUAUAACCACUUUUUUUUACUUCGGAAAAGUACCGAAAUUCUCAGGAGGAUGCGUCGACGCCGUUACCAACUGCGCCAACGACGUCACCAUCUGCAACUCCGUUGGAAUGCAAGACUUUGUCAACGUCCGCUACUUUCUCCAAACCUCUCUCAAAUUGUCAUCUUCAGAAGUACUGUCAACGCACUUGCGGACGCUGCCCUUCCACCACAGCCGCCUAUGGUUCCUACACAAAUCCUGGCUUUGGAACUUGUACUUCAUACCAGCCGGACGCAUCCCGCAGGUAGCCACGAAUUUCUCUAUUCUAAAAAAGUGGCUUUCAGCUGCGCUUCCUGGAGCAAGAACGGCUUCUGCACCAACAACUUCUACUCUCUGGCUCAGCGAAAGGCCUCGUGCGCCACCACCUGCAGAAUUUGCUAAAUUCUCUUUCUGAUCAAAUUUCCGACAUUUCAACUAAUCUCAACUACGAGGCUUGGCUUGUGUUUCUUUCGAUGGCGGGUACUGCACCUCUCUUUCUUGGCGUCAAGAUAUUAUUCAGAUAGUCUGACCAACUAA